ACUAACAUGACCUAUUUACUUCAAUGAAUUAUCUCCUUGUUUCUUCCCAUCCCAACUCUUUCAAUCCUAAAUUAUAAAUCUCACACCACUUUAUAUGAUUGAUUCAUGCUUGAAACACAAAUCAAGAUCAUCUCUCAACUAUGAAGACAAGCUUUCCCACCAUCACUUUAAUUCUUCUUGUGAUUAAUAUUUCAUCCACACAAGCAAUAUCUACUCAUGACUUCCUUGAAUGUCUCUCCCAACAAUUCAACAACUACUCUUUCAUUUCCAACCAUGUCUACACCCCAAUCAACUCUUCCUUUUCCUCAAUCUUGCAAUUUUCCCUUCAAAAUCUGAGAUUCGCCUCGGAUUCCGCUCCAAAGCCACAAGUGAUCAUCACCCCAGAACACGAAUCCCAGAUCCCGCCAGUCAUAUACUGUGCCAAAGAGAAGGGCAUGCAGAUCAGAACCCGAAGCGGCGGCCAUGACUACGAGGGGCUAUCUUACGUAUCACAGGUCCCGUUUGUGAUCAUCGAUUUGAUCAAAUUCAGUGAAAUAACUAUCGAUGUUGGCGAGAAGACGGCGUGGGUUGAAUCGGGCGCGACCACUGGUUCUUUAUACUACAGGAUCGCAGAGAAAAGCCCGAUUCUUGCGUUUCCUGGUGGCGUUUGUACAACGAUUGGCAUCGGCGGCCACUUCAGCGGAGGUGGCUACGGAACGUUGAUGAGGAAAUAUGGCUUAGCGGCUGAUCAAGUUAUCGAUGCAAGAAUAAUCGAUGUUAACGGCAGGAUUCUUGAUAGAAAAUCAAUGGGCGAGGCUCUGUUCUGGGCAAUCAGAGGCGGCGGAGGUGCUAGCUUCGGCGUCAUAGUUGCUUGGAAGGUACAACUAGUAGACGUUCCAGAAACAGUCACUGUUUUCAACGUUGCUAGAACACUAGAGCAAAAUGCUACUCAACUCUUUCACCGCUGGCAAUACGUAGCUUCCGAACUCGACAAAGAUUUGAUCAUCGGAAUCACGGUAGCCAAGGCGAACACAAUCACCGUUUCCUUCUUCUCACUCUUCCUAGGUGGAAUCGACAGACUCCUUCCACUGGUGCAAGAACACUUCCCCGAACUCGGGCUGGUCAGAGAAGACUGCAUCGAAACGAGCUGGAUCCGAUCAAUCCUAUUCCACUACGGUUUCCCCAUUGAUUCUCCGAAGGAGGUGUUGCUCAACAGAACUCAACGCAGCGUCACAAACCUCAAAGGAAAAUCGAAUUACGUGCAGAAACCCAUUCCCGAACAUGGGCUGGAAGGCAUGUGGAGGCUGUUUAGCGAAGAGGAGGCUGCGGGCGCAUCCCUCGUUAUUUCCCCGUACGGUGGAAGAAUGGCGGAGAUUUCUGAAUCCGCCAUUCCUUUUCCGCACAGGGCGGGGAACUUGUACAAAAUUCACCAUAUAGUAUUUUGGGGAAAAGAUGAUGCUCAGAAGUCAGACAAGUACAUAAGUUGGACUAGGAGGUUUGACAAAUACUUAACUCCUUUUGUCUCGAGUCGGCCUAGAGAAGCGUAUCUCAACUACAGAGAUCUUGACCUUGGAGUCAACAACGUUGUGGGUAACACGAGCUAUGCUCAGGCUAGCGUUUGGGGGAAGAGAUAUUUUAAAGGCAAUUUUGAUCGCCUUGUUCGGGUUAAAACUGUUGUUGAUCCCGAGAAUUUCUUCAGGAACGAACAGAGCAUUCCGCCAUUGCAUUAGUGUGUGAUUCACUUUAGAAGAAAAUAUAGAUAAUAAAAUUUGUAACGCAAAUACUCAAUAAUUUUCUUAUAUUGUACUCUCUUUUAUGUAUUUUUGUUUGAUUUAGCCUA